AGUACAGAACAAAAAUCCAAAAAAAUUGUCCUUCUGACAACUGAAGCAGUUAAACACCUGUAUACGUAUCGUUCAAGGCAGGAAAACACUUUAAAGAUGGUACGGUACGGUGCGGCGCGGUAUGGUUGCAACCAAUCCGCAGGAGUCACAAUCUCGUUGCGGUCGAGUUUGAAUACCAGUAGUAUCGGAUCAAUAUUGAAGACAAAAUGCUAUCGUAGUCAAAGUGACAACGACGAGUCUGUCAAAAAACCAAGGUACGAACUCAAACACAUCGGUAGGGCUAGAAGUCCGAUUUAUGAUUCAAAAACGUGUCUCGUGACUUUUUGACGAAAUGAUGGUGAUUCGAAAGGAGGUCAAUGAAUGCCAUGACAUAGCACUGGGUUCUGAUACACCGUGAUCGUGAACGCACGCUUGAACGUGCAUAAAACUUAGGAGACCAGCCUAUUCAAUAUCAAUCAUCGUCGUUGUCGUCGGACACAAAGAGGAAGCAACAGAAGCACAACACUGUGCUGGACAAGGAUGAUGUUCCGAUUUAGGAAGUGCCGUCUGAAGCUUUGAUCGACGCCGAUUAUUCUUGGUUGUGACAAUGUAACUCGAUCUAGGGCACCUGAAAUGAAAAUUAUGCUUGGAUACUUUCUUGAGUCAAAAAUGACAUCCAAAACGGAUUUGAGAGUUUCUAUCAUUGGUUUUCAUUUGGGGGGUUCUGGUUUUAGUUGGUUGCUUCUUGGGGUGGUUGCAUCGUCAAAGCACGCCCACUCGCUGGGAUAGUGAUUUAUAAGACCGGAAUGAGUCAGAGUCCAACGGUUGUUUUCCACUUGAUUGUCGGUCGUUUAUUCUUUGAUUUCCUUCUAAAACUGUUCAACUAACAGAACAGAGCACAUUUUUCAUUCUACUUGCCUCUACUCUGGUGCAGAUGGUUGGUGCUUGUGAAAUCAUGCAGACGUGAUAGAUAGGGAAGACCUAACUGAGAACAGAAUGAUUUGGGGAAUGCGUUUGCUGUGGAAAAAAAUUGAAAAUGAUAAAUAGAAUAUAAUAGAGAAURGAAUUACAGUACUUGGUGACUCAAUGUUCUAGGAUUGCAUCUGUAAGGCAAUCGUACGCGUCCCACAUCAAUCGUUUCUUCCAACAAACCCUUUUUAUCCGAAAGAUGCAAUUCGUUCUGUCAAAGAGGUUACUACAAUACCAACAAGCAUGAGAAAGGAUGCAACAACCACAGGGUUAUCACCGCUGUUCCAUUUUGCAUCUUUCAAUAUUGGAAGCGCGGGUUCUUUUUGCCGACCAGCCUUCCUUUCUGAUUUGUUGUCGAUAAGCCAGUCGGUGAACAACCACCUCUCGAAGGCUCUGUCUCGUGUUGGAGAUGGCUUCGAGGAAGUUGACCGGRUUUCCGUUAUCUUUCCUUCGUCAUCCGAAGCUAAAGUUGCUGUUUGUAAGGUUGGGACGUCGACAGAAUCAGCUUCAGACGAAAUUUCUGAAGACAUUAAAUUGGGAGACGAGGACUGAGACACUGAAUCGGAUGUGACUGACGAUUCUUUGAGUUCGUCUAGAUAUUCUUUGAGUUCUCCACGACUUUUGGAAAUGGCUAGUUUGGUUCUUGAAACUGGAACUACCUGAUUCUCCCAGACCCAGUAAAGUGCAACACAUAAG